AUGGCAUUGACGGAAAUGAAGAGCCUUGACAACGGGCAUGGCGUUUCGACGUUUCGUGCAAGUGAUGACAUCGAAGAUGCCCUCGAUCAAAACACCAUCCAAGACCCGGCCGAACCUCCGGACGGCGGAUUACGAGCAUGGCUCCAAGUAGUCGCCGGCCACCUCGUCGUCUUCAACGCCUGGGGUCCCCCAAUCAGCUUCGGCGUGUUCCAGCCCUACUACGAAACGCAGAUGAACCUCCCGCCGUCGACAGUCGCAUGGGUCGGCAGCGUGCAGAUGUCACUUGUGUUUCUCGUCGGUGCUUUUUCCGGACGGGCUUUUGACGCGGGAUACUACCGCUGGGCCGUGGUUGUGGGCAGCUUCCUGCAGGUUCUCGGCGCCUUCAUGACCAGCAUUGCGACAGAGUACUGGCAAUUGCUGCUUGCACAGGGAAUCUGCCAGGGCCUUGGCAGUGGAAUUAUCUUCGCACCGACCGUGGCCAACAUGUCGACGUACUUUAAGAGGAAAAAGACGCUUGCCAUUUCGCUGGCUGCAUGCGGAGGCACGACCGGCGGAGUGGUGUUCCCGGUGAUUGCGCAGCAACUGUUGUCCAGGAUUGGAUUCCAAUGGACGGUGCGUGUCAUGGGACUGGUCGUUCUGGUGGCGUCCGUUAUGGUCUUCUGUCUUGUGAGAACAAGGUUGCCUCCGCGCAAGGCUGGUCCGAUUGUCGAGUUGGCUGCGUUCAAGGAGAGGACAUAUCUUCUCUUUGCCAUUGGCAUGUUCUUUACCCUCUGGGCAACGUACUAUGCAUACAUUUAUGCUCGCACAUAUGCACUCUACGUCUUAGAUGCACCCUCGUCGACGUCGUUCACCAUCCUCCUCAUAAUCAACGCCGUCGGGAUCCCUGGCCGAGUAAUCCCAGCUCUCAUCGCGGACCGCUACUUUGGCGCAAUCGGCAUGUUGAUACCGACCGUAAUGGCCACCGGAAUCAUCGUCUUCCUCUGGGCCGAAGUCCAUGACCUCGCUGGGGACUACGUGUGGGCCGUCUUCUUUGGAUAUUUUGGAGCGGGCAUCCAGGGACUGUUCCCGGGGGCGGCCGCAAGCCUGACGCAAGAUCAAAGCAAGAACGGGACUCGCAUAGGAAUGAUUUUUACCAUCAUGAGCGUGGCUGCUUUGACGGGAUCGCCGCUUGCGGGCAAGCUGAUGGAGGUGACGGGGGGGGAAUAUUUGGCCGCUCAGAUGUGGGGAGGAGCCUGUCUUAUGCUUGGCGCUGGGUUGUUGAUCGCAGCAAAAGUUGCAAAUGCACCAAAAAAGGCAGUCAACGCCUCUCUCCUCGCCCCCGCGCUCCUCCAGCGCGCCAAGACGAUGGCUUCCGAGUACGACGGCCUGCAGACGUCCCUCAACGACUCCUUCGACACCGCCAAGGCCAAGCGCGUCGGCGAGCUGUCCCGCGUGGCGUCGGCGCUCAAGGCUUGGGAGGAGACGCAGUCCUCGGUCAAGGAGCUGACGUCCAUGCUCGACGACCCCGAACAAGACCCCGACCUGGCAUCGAUUGCGCGAGACGAGCUGGAAACCGAGACGGGAAAGCUCGAGUCGCUGGCCAGGAACCUGUCCGCCAGCCUGACGCCUCGUCACCCCUUCGCCGACUUCCCGUGCAUGAUCGAGUUCCGGCCGGGCCCCGGCGGGCUGGAGGGCCGCUACUUCACCGACACGCUGUUCAAGAUGUACAAGGGCCUGUGCAUGCGCAAGGGCUACCGCCACAGCGUCAUCAAGUACGAGUUCGCCGACACCGCGGGCGACAGCUCGUCGUCGGCCGGCGAGAACCCGCUCCAGGAGGCGGUGCUGGAGAUCCAGGACCCCGGCGCCUACGACGUCUUCCGCAGCGAGGCCGGCAUGCACCGCGUGCAGCGCAUCCCCAGCACCGAGAGCAAGGGCCGCGUGCACACGAGCGCCGUCGCCCUGUGGGUGCUGCCCUCGUUCCCGGACACUGGCAGCGGCGGCGAGGUCGCGGGCCUGGACGACCCGGAGAGCGACUUCUACGUUAACCCGCAGGAGGUCAAGAUCGAGACGAUGCGGUCGCGCGGCGCGGGCGGGCAAUCGGUCAACAAGACCGAGUCGGCGAUCCGCAUGACGCAUAUCCCGACGGGCACGGUGGUGUCGAUGCAGGACCACCGGUCGCAGCAGCGCAACCGCGAAGAGGCGUGGAAAGUGCUGCGGUCGCGCAUCGCGGACCAGCGGCGCGAGCAGCGCGAGGCCGAGGCGGCGCAGCUGCGCGACAGCGUGCUGAGCAAGACGCAGAUCACGCGCGGCGACAAGAUCCGCACGUACAACUACAACCAGGACCGAUGUACGGACCACCGCGCUGGGCUGGACGUGCACAACCUGUCGGAUGUGCUCGAGGGCGGCGACACGCUGGACAAGAUCAUGGAUGGCGCGAGGGAUUGGCUGGUUGGCAACGACAUUGCGCUUCUGGUUGCGGAAGAGGAGGCCAAGACCAAGGGUGGCAAAGGGAAGAAGUGA